GAGCUGGAGGUCUCGGUACCAGUCAUGUGGGAGGUUACAGAUGCGCUUUAAAGUCUACAUUACAAUACAUUUUCAUCAUCGCUAUCACAUGGUGUUUCCCUUCCACGUUACGUUGUGAUUAGGGUAUUUGCUGGUUGGCUGUCAAAGGCAAUCAUCCCACCGUUGGGGCAACAAACUGGCUGUGCUUUAACAUCGAGGAGGAAGAGGAACGGAGCGCAGCGGCUCUGCACACACCGCUUUGAUUUGGCUCAGAGAAAUAAGAGGCUGUUUGACUGUAGCCGGCACGGACCGUAGGGGCUGUGUGGAGGAGGUGGACCAGUGCAAUGAUGACGGGGAAAUCUGUGAAAGACGUUGACAGAUACCAGGCUGUCCUCAACUCUUUGCUGGCGCUGGAGGAGAAUAAAUUCUGCGCUGACUGCGAAUCAAAAGGUCCAAGAUGGGCAUCCUGGAAUUUGGGCAUCUUCAUCUGUAUCCGCUGUGCUGGUAUCCAUCGGAACCUGGGGGUCCACAUCUCCAAAGUCAAGUCUGUCAAUCUGGACCAGUGGACGCAGGAGCAGGUCCAGUGCGUUCAGGAGAUGGGAAAUGCAAAAGCCAAACGUCUCUACGAGGCUUUCUUACCUGAGUGCUUCCAGCGCCCCGAGACAGACCAGUCUGCAGAGAUCUUCAUCAGGGACAAGUAUGAUAAGAAGAAGUACAUUGAUAAGGUCAUUGACAUCCAGAUGCUCAGGAAAGAGAAGAGCUGUGACAAUAUACCCAAAGAACCAGUUGUGUUUGAGAAGAUGAAAUUGAAAAAAGACAUCAGCCCAAAGACAGUUUCCCAGUCUGUUACAGACCUGCUUGGAUUAGAUGCUCCUGCUCCAAGUCCUGCAGUGUCUAAUGGUGGAGGAUGUGUUCCAGACAGUAAUGAGAGCCCAGCAGUGUCUAAUCCAGCUCUGGCACACUCUGCACUGGAUCUCUUCAGCUCCCUGCCAGCACCCUCCUCUGCUUCCUCCACUAAAACCACGCCUGUUUCCAGCUCCAUGCCCCAGAGCAGAGUGACAGCCUCGGUGCCUGAAAACCUCAGUCUGUUCCUAGAUCCGGCACCCAAAGCAGAGGAAGGCACUGUCAAGAAACUUUCCAAGGAUUCUAUUCUCUCCCUGUACGCCUCCACCCCCUCAGUGCACGCAAGCGCUAUGGCUGCUCACGCAGGCUUGUACAUGAACCAAAUGGGAUACCCGACACACCCGUAUGGUUCGUACCAUUCUUUGGCCCAGGCAGGGGGAAUGGGAGGCGCCAUGAUGACAUCACAGAUGGCCAUGAUGGCACAGCAACCAAGCGGCAUGAUUGGAGUUCAACAGAACGGCAUGAUGGGACAGCAGAAUGGCUUAAUGGGUGCCCAGGGUGUCAUGCCUCAGCCUAGUGGUGUUAUGGCGUCAUCCUACAUGACAGGGAUGACCCAGGGCAUGAUGGGACAGCAGCAGAGUGGGAUGAUGGUCCAGCAGCAGAGUGGGAUGAUGGGACAGCAGCAGAGUGGGAUGAUGGUCCAGCAGCAGAGUGGGAUGAUGGGACAGCAGCAGAGUGGGAUGAUGGUCCAGCAGCAGAGUGGGAUGAUGGGACAGCAGCAGAAUGGCAUUAUGGGACAGCAGCAGAGCGGGAUGAUGGGACAGCAGCAGAGCGGGAUGAUGGGACAGCAGCAGAGUGGGAUGAUGGGACAGCAGCAGAGUGGGAUGAUGGGACAGCAGCAGAAUGGCAUUAUGGGACAGCAGCAGGUUGGAGGUCUACCUCAUCAGCAGGUGUAUGGAGCUCAACAUGCCCAGCAGCUACAGUGGAACAUUACCCAGAUGACUCAGCAUAUGGCCGGCGUGAAUCUCUAUAACACUAACGGCAUGAUGGGAUACAGCAGUCAACACAUGGGAGGCUCGACAACUCCAAGCUCAGCGCACAUGACCGCACAUGUUUGGAAAUGAUCUCAUCUAUCCGAGAAGUGAUGCAACGCCACUAACCCACAAAAGAGAGGGGGACUGAGAACCUGUGGAUCAGACUCUCCGUGAGACUUUUUCUAAUGCAAGGGAGGAGGAGGAGGAGGAGGAAGAGGAGGAGGAGACAGGUGUGAAGAAGUAUAUGGUUCAGGAAACCACUACUACCUCUCUUUCUCUCUCCUCUCUGCCCAUUCUUCCUCUUCUCGUCUUAUCCAUGGCCAUGUUUUGCAUAUCUCCAUGCUUGCCUUCAGAACAUUUUCGUACGACGACCAAGACAACAGGGUUCACUGGUUAGGAUCUUUCUUCGCACCUAGCCUGUAUGUGAGAGUGUGUGCGCGCACAUCUGCUGUCUGUGGGUGUCAACUAACUGCUUGAUUUAAAAGAUUAGUUUGGUUUUUACAGUUUUUCUUACUUGAUCAGAAUCUGAAUCAAAAUGCAAAGGUUAGCAUAGCUUAACUCAAUUGGUUGUUGUGCUUGACUGCUGCAAUGUAUUUUAAUGAGACGUAUUUCCCCUAAGAGGAGGGAAACGGGUUGUUGCAAGACUAAGGGUUUAAUAUUUUAUAACUUGUUAAAGGGUUUACAUUUUGGAAUAUUUUCUUUUUUUUUGCCAAGAGUUAAAUGAGAAGAUUGACACCACUAUUAUGUCUGUACAGCAAAUACGAACCUACCGCCCGAAACAGGGAAACAACUAGCCUAGAUCUGUCCAAAGGUAACAAAAUCCACCUACCAGAACCUCUAAACCGCUUAUUAAUACCGUGGGGCCUAUAUCUUGUUAAUUUAAUUUGAGCAUUAGAGGUGCUGGUAGGCAGAUUUUGUUACCUUUGGACGGAGCCAGGCUAGCUGUCUCACUGUGUUUCCAGUCUUUGUGCUAAGCUAACCGGCUGCUGGCAGGGACUUCAUAUGUACCGUACAGACUACAGUGGUAUCGAUCUUCUCAUUUAACGCUUAGAAAGAAAGUGAAUAUAAACCUUUUAACCCAGCAUCAACAAUGUCCCCUAACAAGUCACAACAGAAUCCAAUAAAUUAGUUUGAUUUUAGCUGCAACCAUAUUUGUCAAGUGGCCAUUACAAAUGUUUUUCAGCUAGUUUUCAAGCGCACAGUGGUUAAGAGUUUUAUACCAGAAAUUUUCUAGGUAAAGUUUAAUUUUAGAAUAGCUUUACCCUUAUUUUGAGAAGAAAGUCAAGCUAGGUUACGCUAGCCUCUUAAUACAUAACACAUUCAAACUGAAAGUAGAGAGGAAAGGCAUUAAUGAAUUUAUCUUACUCUGUUAGUAGAGAAAAUUGUAAAAUCUUACAAAAACAGAUAUAUCCUUUCUAAAUACUUAUCUUACCCGUACAAUAAUAUUAAAAUGUAAGAAAUCCCUUUAUAUAAGUUCUUAGAUCAUUACUGUCUCACAAGUUAGAGCAGCUACUAAACCUAAACAGCCCUUCAUUAUGAUGUCUUCUACUCAAUUUAAAGAGGGCUUCUUUAAGAACCAACAUCUAAACUGGAUUUUGGGAGACCAAAGAUCAACGCUAGCUUUAUUAAGGUUGUACAGUAUUCCAAUGCUUUGUCUGUAUAGCCACUCAACUAGUGAUUAGAGAAUUCAAUUCAGCAGUCCUUUAACAGUAUGUUUGGUCGUACCUGCUCUCAACACAAUGAAUGUUUGGGAAUAUCAGUUCACUGUGCUAUUUCCUCAGCAAGGGUGGGACACUUAAAAGGUCACUUGCAUGCAAUGUCAUCCUGUAAAUGUUGAGUUAACGCUCACACACCUCAAGUUAAUCUACCUUGUACAAUAGAGGCCUCAAAUAAUGUUGAAUGUCCGCAAAUAACAGAGGAAGUAGAGAGAGAGAGAGGUGGGGACAGAGAAAACAUUAAGGUACAGAUGAGUCAUGUUUCAGAUUCUUCCACUGAAUUGCAUGAGGUGAAUGUUUUUUUCUAGCUCUGAUUGUACGUACUGUAUGUUUAUUAAGAUAUCCGAAUGUGUAUCUCUGAAUGUUUCCGUCUACACCGUCGACCAGUCUCUGACCAAGACCUACAAAAAAAAAUCUCAAUGAAUGUGUGUCCUGAAUGUGUUUCACGAUUGUACCGGACUUGAUUAGAAUACACACACCCGAGUACUGCUGGGGUGUGAUUGUUUUUUGAUAUUCUAUGACUCUGUCAAGCAAUGUACACUUGCGUCUUUUGAAUGUUCCGUCAACAGCGUCCUGUCUGUUUUUUGGUGACUUGUUUUAAAUUCAACCAAGUUUUUAAUGUUACCGUUCAGUUAGGAGCAAACUGUGACCAGGCUUACUCUGGGGGCGUUUACAAUUUGGCCAAACUACAUUGUGAAGCUAAAAGCGAUUGUACGACCACAAUCUGUCACUUCUUAAUGUUUUCGUCGACCGCUUCAAUUCCUCUUCCACACAAGCCCACGCGAACCAUCUCUGCGUCCUGAUUUCUCUGAAAGUGUUUCUAAAUAUGUCCAUUCUUAUAAAUGCAUGGAGCCAUUAGUGUAAAUAUUUCCAGUCUUUCCAUUUUUUUUUUUUUUUGUAGAAGCACUUCGGUGUUAAGUUGCCAUUAUAAUUGUGAGGGUUGAAAGAGGAAUAAAUUAACAUACUCUGGCAUAAUAGUAUUCGUAUUAAGUGCUGCCAAUAAACAGGCAGCGCAGCCUUCACGACUCAGAAACUCGUCUACUCCUUCCAGGUCUUUCUGUCAAUUUUGGCUCAUUUUUGUGGCAGCGGAAGCAACAGUGUGACAGCAGCAGUCACCUUCUCUGCUGAGAGCAAUAUCACCAUCAGACAAUGUGUCGUCUCUGUACUGUAACGGCAGAUCUGUCAGCUAGCGAAGGGAAGUUUCUGGAAAAAGCAGUAACAAUCCAUCUGUGUGGGCGAUAAAGGCUUCACAUGGGCUUUUUCAUUUGUGAUUAUCUUUAAAUUUAGGUUGCUUGUAAUCUGUUCCUUUUUUGUCUGGUAUAUUUUCUGUGAAAUAAGAGCAAAUGAAGGAAUGUAUCUUUUUAUGUACUUGUCGAUCAAGAUAUUGUGUACCUUAUUCUUUAUCAGAAUAUCUCUGUAUAUUAUGUUUCUUAAACAAUAUUGAUGAACAUGUAUUGUAUAUUAGUUCUGCAUUUUUUUCACAUGCUUUGGCCCUUUUGAGUUCGUGUUCACACAAGUUAGUCACUUAAAUUUGAGAAUAUGUAUGUAACAUACAAUACCUGUCUCUGUGAAAAUAUACAAAAUAAAUAUUGUUUGGAUUAAAUUCUA